AUGUUCCUAGUGGCCGGGGUAUGCUGUAUGCACUUCUGCAAAAGAAACCACUCAAUCUUGACUGAAAUUCCUGGAGAAACUUCUGUUCUUGAUGCUGUUAGAAUUUUAUCUGAGCACAACAUAAGGGCAGCGCCAGUGCUUAACCCUGAACCUGGUGCUCCGGCUGAUUGGCAAGGGAGGUAUCUUGGCAUCAUUGAGUACUCAGCCAUCAUCCUUUGGGUACUAGAUAAUGCUGAUCUUGCAGCCGUAGCUCUGUCAGCUGGAUCAGCAACUGCUGCAGGAGUUGGAAUGGGGGCUGUUGGUGCAGUGGGUGUGGCAGCAUUAGGUGCAACUGGCCCGGCAGCUGUCGCUGGAUUGACUGCUGCUGCAGUAGGGGCCGCUGUUGCUGGCGGGUUAACUGCUGAAAAGGGUGUUGCAAAGGAUGGAGUAACUGCUGCUGAUCAUUUAGGGGAAGAUUUCUACAAAGUUCUGCUUCAGCAAGAACCUUUCAAAUCGACUACAGUUCGGUCAAUUGUUGAGUCCUACCCGUGGUCUCCUUUUGUGCCUGUUACGCUUGACAGUUCAAUGCUUGCUGUACUACUGUUGCUCUCCAAGUACAGGUUGAGGAAUGUCCCUGUGAUUGAACCUGAUAAGCCAGUUAUUAAGAACUUCAUUACUCAGACUGGUGUUGUUAAAGGACUUCAGCAGUGUAAAGGAAGGGAUUGGUUCGACUAUAUUUCGGCACUCCCUCUUUCAGACAUGGGGCUUCCAUUCAUGUCUCUUGAUGAGGUUAUUACGGUUAACAGUGAUGAUCUAAUCUUAGAAGCUUUCAAGUGCAUGAAGGAUAACAAAAUUGGCGGCGUACCUGUAGUAGAAGGUCCCAAAAGGAAACUGGUCGGUAGUGUGAGCAUAAGGGACAUUCGCUUCCUGUUGCUUAGGCCUGACUUAUUUUCUGAUUUCAGGCAUCUUACCGUCUUGGAGUUCAUGAAUGCUCUAGGUUCCACUCUUCCUGAUUCAGGGGGCAACGGACUGGUGAAGCCGCCGCUCACCUGUGCACCUGAUGCCUCUAUGGGCAGCGUGAUCGACAGCAUCGGAUCGAGGAUAACCCACCGGAUAUACGUGGUGGAUGGUGACUUUGAGGUGGUUGGUGUUGUGACACUGCGAGACGUGAUCUCUUGCUUCAUCCACGAGCCCCCUGGCUUCUGCGACAGUUAUCUUGCUUCAGCGAUGGAGAAGCUCGAGGACAAGGGCGAUGCCGAUUCCUCCGUUGAGAACAGCUGA